GCGGGGCCUGUCAGGACCUCGGGAAACCACUAACCCCACGCUUCAGGCGUUUCCUUAUCGGGCUCACCUCUCUUAUCUCGUGCGGUGCUUCCCAGGCGCCGCCGCAGCUCGGGAAGUCCUACUUGAGAUCUAACCCGAGAUCUUCUUGCUGCAGCCCAGUCUAUAGCAUCCUGUGUUUCCAAUUUUUAUAUUCCUCUCCUCCCCCUGCCCAUUCUCUGAGCCCCGCCUCAGCCUCUACCCCUUGGGGGCCGCUUUUCCCUGCCGGAGAUUCGAGUGGCCCCGCGGGCUCCGUGUGAGGGCUUUACACGAGAAGCCCUGCCCCUUUGGCCUCCAGCACAUCCAGCCGGGCCUGCAGCCUUCCCCUGAUGCUGCUACUUACUCACCUGUCCUCCACAGAGCCAAAGGCUGGGCCCGACUGUGAGGCCUGACUCCUUGCCCAUACGGCCCUCCCACGGCCUCCCGCCCAGGACCACUGUCCUGCUCAUGCCGGAGCACAGCAGAGGGCCAGCAGAUGAAUGGACGCCUUGAAGCAGAGGAGCAGCGGAAUCAGAGGCCAGACCAGGAGCUGACCUGGAGCUGGGGCCACAGGCCUAGAAGCGCCCUGGACAGGGCCGAGGCCAUGGCCCCCCCACCGCCACCACCAUUGGCCGCCAGCACCCCGCUCCUGCAUGGCGAGUUUGGCUCCUACCCAGCCCGCGGCUCCCGCUUCGCCCUCACUCUCACACCACAGGCCCUGCACAUACAGCGGCUGCGUCCGAAGCCUGAAGCCCGGCCCCGGGGCGGCUUGGUCCUGUUGGCCGAGGUGUCUGGCUGCUGCACCCUUCGGAGCCGCAGCCUCUCAGACUCAGCAGCCUACUUCUGCAUCUACACCUACCCGCAGGGCCGGCGCGGUGGCCGGCUUGGGGGCCGGCGCAGAGCCCCUCGCACCUUUCGGGCCGACGGGGCAGCCACCUACGAGGAGAACCGCGCUGAGGCCCAGCGCUGGGCCACUGCCCUCAUGUGUCUGCUCCGUGGAGUGCCACUGCCUGGGGAUGGGGAAAUAACCCCUGAGCUUCUGCCAAGGCCACCCCGAUUGCUCCUACUGGUCAAUCCCUUCGGGGGGCGGGGUCUGGCCUGGCAGUGGUGUAAGAACCACGUGCUGCCCAUGAUCUCUGAAGCCGGACUGUCCUUCAACCUCAUCCAGACAGAACGGCAGAACCAUGCCCGGGAGCUGGUUCAGGGACUGAACCUGAGUGAGUGGGACGGCAUCGUGACAGUCUCAGGAGACGGGCUGCUGUUUGAGGUGCUGAACGGGCUCCUAGGCCGCCCUGACUGGAAAGAAGCUGUGAAGACACCUGUGGGCAUUCUCCCCUGUGGCUCAGGCAAUGCCCUGGCUGGAGCUGUGAACCAGCAUGGGGGGUUUGAACCUGCCCUGGGUGUCGACCUGCUGCUCAACUGCUCACUGCUCCUCUGCCGGGGUGGCAGCCGCCCACUGGACCUGCUCUCUGUGACACUGGCCUCGGGUUCCCGCUGUUUCUCCUUCCUGUCCGUGGCCUGGGGCUUCGUGUCAGAUGUGGACAUCCAGAGCGAGCGCUUCAGGGCCCUGGGCAGUGCCCGCUUCACACUGGGCACGGUGCUGGGCCUUGCCAACCUGCACACAUACCGUGGACGCCUCUCCUACCUCCCUGCCACUGUGGAACCUGCCUCACCCACCCCUGCUCACGGCCUGCCCCGUGCCAAGUCAGAGCUGACUCUGGCCCCAGCCCCGGCCCCAGCCCCACCCGUAGCACACUCACCCCUGCAUCGCUCGGUAUCUGACCUGCCCCUGCCACUGCCCAUGCCCCAGCCUGCCCUGACCUCCCCUGGCUCACCUGAGCCCCUGCCCAUCCUGUCUCUCAACGGUGGGGGCCCAGAGUUGGCCGGGGACUGGGGUGGGGCUGGGGAUGCCCCACUGUCCCCAGACCCACUGCUGCCCUCACCACCUAGCUCCCCUAAGGCAGCUUUAUUGUCCCCCAUCACCGAGGGGGUUCCAGAAAUGCCAGCCUCCUCUGGGCUCCCACCUCCCACCCCUGAUGCCCCAGAAGCGAUCUCUACUGGGGGCCCACCUGACCACCUGCUCCCUCCUCUGGGCACCCCACUCCCCCCAGGCUGGGUGACGCUGGAGGGGGACUUUGUGCUUAUGUUGGCCAUCUCACCCAGCCACCUGGGGGCUGACCUGGUGGCAGCUCCCCACGCGCGCUUUGACGACGGCCUGGUGCACCUGUGCUGGGUGCGGGGUGGCAUCUCGCGGGCUGCACUGCUGCGCCUUUUUCUGGCCAUGGAGCGAGGGAGCCACUUCAACCUGGGCUGUCCGCAGCUGGGCUAUGCCGCAGCCCGUGCCUUCCGCCUCGAGCCUCUCACGCCUCGGGGCGUGCUCACUGUGGACGGAGAGCAGGUGGAGUAUGGGCCACUGCAGGCGCAGAUGCAUCCAGGCCUGGGUACACUGCUCACCGGGCCUCCAGGCUGCCCAGGUCGGGAGCCUUGAACCUCUCAAAGCUUGCAGCCCGCCAGGGGCGGGGCCUACAUUCCAAGGAGGCGGAGCCUGACCUAGGGGCGGAGGCCUAGUUGUUAGGAGUCAGGACGAAGGCCCCACACGCAGGGACCCGUCUCAGGAUUGUGCCCGCUCCCAAGGGACCAUAGAUAAUGUUGGUUGGAGUGUGGCCCGAAUUCCUGGAGAUCGGGGUCAUCCCGAUCACCGACAAAUGGGCUGGCCCCGAGGGUAGUGCCUGACCAAUGAGGGCGGGACUCGGUCUAGACCCUCGCUUCUGGCUCGUGGGAGGCCAGGUCCGCUGAGGGCGGAGGCUGCCUUACGCGCUGUCCGAUGACCGGCCCUGGCAUGUACGGGCUGGGGAAGCCUUAGUUAAUUGGCCAGUCAGGACCCGGGACUCGCCCUAUCCACUCCGGUGCCUCCACUUAACUGGCCAAUCAGCCCAGGAGGGGCAGGUUCCCCGGGGCCGACGCUCGGAUUUGCACUAAUGUCCCUCCACCUCCCCCCGCACCAGUGGGGGCGGGGAAACUCGUUUCUCUUGUCUUCUGUCUCUUGUGCGUCCCCUGACCCCAAUCUUCAAAGCAAUUGAAAAGGUCUAUGCAAUAAAGGCAGUCGCUUCAUUCCUCUCA